GGGAAUAGGAUAAAUAAUUAAGAUUGUAUUUCAUAACUACUUUUAUUUUUAGUCUGUGCUUUUCUAUUAUUUAAUCUGUGGAUAUGUUAUCUGUAGACUGUAAAACGAUCUAUGUUGUCUAUGACUUGACUUUGUGUUUUUUGGUAGGUACGAUGUAAUGGAGGAUUGUUAAAAUGUAUUUUUGAUAUGUAACCGGUGUCUGGGAAAUAAAUCGAUUGGGCGAAUUUGGCUUUUCAUUUACACCAUCCCCACAUAAUUUGGGGGCUCGUCCGGGAUACGGGAUGGUGGAAUAAAGAAAAAACAGACGAAGACUAUGAUGCCGGUGAUUUAACCUGAUUAAGAAUUUACGAAUUACGAACGAAGACUAAGAUUUAAAGAAGCUUAUGAUUAUACGAUUACGACUUGAAGACUAUAAAACUUUUUAUUUACAUUAUUCAACAUGCCGCCGAAACGAGUAAAAGAUGAUGAUGAUUGUGGUGAACCAUCGCCGCGUAUUUCCUUCAAUGACUUAGAGAAAUCAAUGACGCCAUUUUCGGGUGAUGAUGCCUAUGGCAUCGAAACAUUCGUAAAAGAUUUUGAAGAUAUUUCCUCUUUAAUGCAAUGGGGCGAAAUAGAAAAACUCAUAUUUUCGAAGCGGCUUCUCGCGGGAACCGCCAAGCUAUUUUUACGUUCACUAAGUGGGACCACCACGUGGGAUACACUUAAGUCUGAGCUCCGUGAGGAAUUUGGUAAGAAGUUGAACAGUGCAACUGUUCACAAGAGACUUUCAACUCGCCGGAUGAAGAUGAAUGAGACUCAUCAGCAAUAUUUUUUACAUAUGAAGGAACUUGCAGUACUUGGGAAUGUUGAAGAUGAAGCCCUGAUGGAAUAUGUCAUCGACGGUAUUAAAGACAGAAGAUUCAAGGUGAAAAAUUGUUAUCUUAUAGUUCAGGAACAACAGAAACUUUAACUGGAAUAGCUGAAAAGGAAAUUUAUACAAAAGGAUCUUUCACAGCGAAAAUUGAAAUUGAUGAUUGUUAUUUUGAAACUUUAUUUUAUGUUGUUGAUGAUGGCGCUAUCCCUGUCAACAUUAUAUUAGGAAAUCCUGUACUGAAAGAAGUAGAAAUCAAUUUUAAAUCUGGAACUAUCACUGCAACAAGAAUAUUACACCUUACAAUGCUAGAGAAUGAAAAUGAAGAUAUCACAAAUAUUGAAAACAAAGAAUAUAAGAAUAAAAUACAGAAUAUUAUAAAAGAAUAUAACCCCAAAAGAUGUACUAAA